GCUAGCUCGCCAACACUUUUGUCCUCUUGUCGCUCUCUCUCUCGGCCGACGACCGAAGUCGCACGGCAGAGCACCGCCGCCGCCGGGGAGGAGGGGGAGGGGGGAGAUGACGGUGGGGAUGAUCAACGCGAACCCGGUGGUGCACGAGCGGCCGGAGCGCGCCGCCCACCCCGCGCACGCGGCGCUCGACGCGCUCGACGUCUUCGAUACGGUGCGGGACAUCAAGGACCCGGAGCACCCCUACUCGCUGGAGCAGCUCAGCGUGCUCUCCCAGGAGUCCGUCUCCGUCGACGAGAAGCUCGGCCACAUCCAGAUAACCUUCACCCCAACUGUGCAACACUGCAGUAUGGCCACAGUGAUUGGUCUGUGCCUCAGGCUUAAGUUGAUGCAAAACUUCCCUCCGCAUUUCAAGAUUGACAUUAAGGUUGCUCCAGGAUCUCUUGCUAAUGAAGAAUCAGGGCAGCAUUAUCGAUGGAACUACACAAUUAAUUCAUUUUACUCUGUACCUGCUGAACUCUGCAAAACGAGAACGGCAGUUGUAUAGCACAAUUGUGUUUGAACAGCGCUACUUUAGUAUGGUAUGUCGUUAUUAACAUGCUGGAUUGACAGUAAACAAACAGCUGAACGACAAGGAGAGGGUCGCGGCGGCGUUGGAGAACCCCAACCUCCGGCAGCUGGUGGACGACUGCCUCUGUUCGGAUCAUCCGUCGUCGUACUAGCUCGCCCCCUGCUGGUGCCCCCGCAACCCGUGCCUGCCGUACAUCAAUAAUAAGCAGGCGUGGCAUGUUGUGUGUUUGCCCUAUACUGCACCUGAUCAUGCAUGGGCCAAUUUUUUCUCUGUUAGUUGUAUGCUACUACGUGGACUGGAAUAUCGUCAGCAAUAUGCAUUUUUCAUGCCUGCUUAUGCACCAAUCCUUCAGAGUAAUAGGGAAUAAAGAAUGUUGUAGUUUGUUGCGGCAUGAUCGAUUUGGUCCUAUCUUACCGCUUCUC